AUGGUUGUCAUGAAGGAGGACCUCAACGAUGGACCUGCAGCGUCGGCGGUCAUCGCUUCUAUCGACAUCGGCCAGUCAACCGAGCCGCCCAUAGCGAAGCACUCCGGGUCCCGCAGAGGCCCAAAGAGACGCACAAAAACCGGUUGCUUAACAUGCCGAAAACGUCGAAUCAAGUGUGGCGAAGAGAAACCGAUAUGCAGUAACUGCGUCAAGUCCAAGCGUAUCUGUGAGGGCUAUGCUCGACCAGUUGUUUUCAAGAACCCACUGGGGGUCUUCGGAUCCUAUGGCCCAUCACAGACACAGGAUCAAAUGCAACAGCAUCAUAUGGGAGUUCCCCUAUACAAUGAUUUCGGUGCUCUGCCGGCCCAGCACGCAGCCGCGGCCGCCCAGCAUCCCAUGUUAGCCCCGCGGCCUAUUGACCCCGCGACGAUGGGAUAUCAUUCUAUCCAGACAUUUAAUCCCACACAGUUAGUAGGGGGGCAGCAGACAGGGAAUGCUCCUCAGUUUUAUUAUCCGGCGCCACCGACAGAGGCGCCCCCUCCGACAUGGUCUGCUCAGCCCCCGCAACAACAUCCACCAGGGCCACCGUCCGAUUAUUCACAAGUACAGGCUCAAUCAACAGGCUUAAAUGUGGAAUCAGUGCAGUAUCAAGAGUCAAUACCGCCACAUCCGCAACCCAUCAUCUAUUGGUCGAAUGUUCAGCAAGGUCAGGAGCUUGUACCAGCCUCUGUCCCGCCGCCUCCAGGGGGUUCUCAAGCAGAAGGCCCCGAGAACCCACUGUUCCCUCAGCCUCUUCAUUCGACAGAAGCCGUAUUCCAGUAUCAGCAGCAGCCUGGCCAAGUACCCCUGCAACUGGAUCCUUCUGGGCAAUAUGUUCAGCAAUAUCAACCUCAGGUUGUGUAUGUUGAGGAUGAGGAUGACGACUACUAUGAUGUGGAGUCCGACGAGGAGAUGGCGAACCAGACCCAAGUUGAAGGCUUCAAUCAGUUAAGUCUGAUUAUGGCCUCGGCGAACCACGAUGAUCGUCAACUUCGUUCGUUCACGACUCAUUUAAACGAACCUAAUAUUCUGGCCUCCUAUAAACCCAGUCUUGGAUCCAGUCCUCUCAAUAACCCUACAACAGCUCGCAUAUUCGCCCACUUCAUCCACUCGACCGGGCCCUCGUUGUCCAUCUUUGAACGCCACCCGACAGACGCCUCGAUCGUUUUGGGAGUCCCGGUUCCGCCUGCCCAGCAAGGACUUUGGACAUAUACCUUACCGCUUAUGGCUUUGGAGAACCCUGCGUUGCUCCAGGCUAUUCUCGCCAUCAGCAGCUUGCACAUUGCAUACUUGCAGGGCGUGCCCACUACCGUCUCCCUGAAACAUUAUCACUAUGCACUGAAGCGCAUUGGCCGAGCUGUCGGCCUACCACUGCGCCGCAAGCACAUUGGCACCUUGGCAGCCACUGAGCUUCUCGCAUAUUACGAAGUCAUAUCCGCGGAUCAUUCCAAAUGGAACAGCCAUGUCGCUGGUGCCGCGCAGCUGAUCAAGGAGAUUGACUUUGCUGGCACGACUCGAGAUCUUCGCGCCCACCGGCGAAGAGUCAAUGAACAGCGUCGACAGAUGGGGUGGUCCAACUCGAUGAUGUACCACCAUGGCCUUGGCCCCGAUCCAAGUGAAGAUGAUCCAUUUGCUGAGAAAGAGGGAAGCAUCGACCAAGAUCUCAUUGGACGACUGUUGGGACGAGCAGUCAACUUUGACGAGUUUGGACGUGUGGAAGAUGACUAUGGGCAUAGCCCAAAGAAGCAUUUCACACGCAAGGACAUCGAGAAUUUCCGAAUCCAGUGCGAUCUCUACUGGUGGUUUACUAAACAAGAUGUUUUCCAUAGCUUGGUCAGUGGAGAUAAACUUUUCAUGCCUUACUCUAUGCAGUGUCAAAGCCCACCACGAGCAGGUAUCGGGCGGAUUGAUGCUAUUUAUGGGUCAGCUGACCAUCUUUGGUUGUUGCUCGCGCGGGUGACAGACUUUGGGUAUCGCGACCGAAAACGAAAGCUACGGGCUCUGCGUGCUGCUGGAACAGAGUGGAGGCCCACACCAGGCAUGUUCAAGUUCAUGGGCCGGUUCUCUCGUGGUGAUCCGAGCAAGAUGAAGGGACCACCGGGGGCUGCUCCUGGAGGGUCCUCUCCUCAUGGUCCCCGCGGAGGACCACCGUCGUCGAGCUCGGUUUCUCCAAGAGGAUCGGGCCCUCCGUCAGAUUCGUCGGGAGGAUCACCUGGCCAGCGCGCCGGUCCGCCCGCGCCAGAUGGCCCUCCCAUGUACGGAAUGAUGCCACCACAGGGUCCGGUGCGCCUUCCAUCUGGAUUCGUUGAUGGCCGUCACGACCGGCGAGAGUCCCCCGAGGAGGAUGAGGCAAGUGACGAUUUUACAUAUACCGAAGCGGAGCGUGAAUGGGAGGAGAUUUUAGUGGCUAUGGACACCUUCGCCGAAGCCCUUGGCCGUGACUUUGAGCCACUUCCUGCAGACGUCACGCAGUCUAUUUCCACGCCAUUUGGACCGGCGCUCCAGUACCGCACGCACACGAUCGCGGUCGUCUGGGGUUUCUACUAUGCUGGUUGCAUCCUGCUCAAACGACUUCACCCUUCCAUGCCCCCGGCCAUGAUGAUGGCCGCGGGGGUUGCCGCUUCCACCACUACCGAUUACGCACAAAUCAUCGGUCGCAUCACUGGAGGUAUUUACUACCCGCAGCGCUACAACCUUGAAGCUGGCAGUCUCAGUCCAACGCUGGGCUCUUCACUGACGGAGAUGACGAUGCCGAUCUUCUUCGCUGCCGUGCAGUACAUGGAUCCCGCGCAGCGUGGCUGGACCAUCGCCAAACUGCGGGACGUCUCCCGACUCACAGGCUGGAAGACGUCCGACGCCAUCGCCGGUGGCUGUGAAAAGGCGUGGGUCGUGGCCGCUAAGCAUGGUCGCGGUCCGCCGUACGUGCGAUCCUUCGACACUGACCACCAACGUGCACCUCAUCCGCAGGAUAUCCUCGAGCGCGACCGCAACACGCAGUAUAGUGAUGACCGGCGGCUUGUGACGAUUAAGCCACCCGAUCGAGCCUAUUUGGCAAUGGGCCUGUUGAGCUUGGAGGGGGAUAUGCAGAUCUUGGAGUUGUAG